AUGGCAACGCGGUUGGCGUCUUACCAGGCAGGCUCCGCUCCUCCGCCCGGACCCCCUCCGCAGCGGCUGUCGGCACAUUACCGGCAGGCUUCACGGAGCCGGAGGACCAUGAAGGUGUCUCCCACCUGGUCUAACCCGACACCCGAGCCACAACGGCGUGGCUAUGUCGGGGCGCGGGUGUCUAGUUUUACCGUGUCCUGCCCUGUGUCCAUUGGAAAGCUGGUCCUGAUAGAGCUGGACAAACCGCGUCUCCUUUUUGAAGACCUUUGGUUUCCUGCCAAGAUUGAAGUGAAAUCUCCUGAGGAAGACUGCGCUCUGACAGUCUUUGAAGACAACCAUCAUCUUGGCAUUGCCAGUAGGGAGCAGGAUCUGAUUCAGCAAAAGAAAGACUAUUGCUGGGAAGUGUAUGCAGAGGGAAUACCCCACUGCAUGAAGGCAGAGAGCUUUUUUUCUCUGCCUUCUAAGGACCGUUUCUCCUUCACCAAGGACAUAGAGCUCAUCUCCACUCUAGCGAAAGAGUUUGUUGAGCUGAAACUGAAGAGACUGUCUAAUUCCAAAAAGAACUUGCCUGAUAUUGAUGCUAUCAAGGGGGUGUUCUGUCGCAAACGAACUCACAUAUCAGACUAUGUCCAGGAACAUUGGAAGGAGGACGCGUUUUUUGGCUACCAGUAUCUAAAUGGUACCAACCCCAUGUUGAUCCGACGUUGUUCAGCUCUGCCCGAUAACUUUCCUGUCACUGACAACAUGGUCUUCCUCCGUGGUCAGGGUAGCUUGCGAAAUGAAAUGAAGAAAGGCAACAUAUUCCUGUGUGACUACAAGCGUGGGAAGAAGCAGUACUUGAUGGCUCCACUCGUCCUGCUCCACAAAACACCGGAUGAUAAACUGAUGCCAAUUGCUAUCCAGCUGAAGCAGACUCCAUCAGAUGACUCCAUCUUCUUUCCUACCGAUUCUGAGUACGACUGGUUGAUGGCCAAGCUUUUUGUGAGAAGUGCAGAUUUCAGUGAGCAUCAACUCAAUGUUCACCUGCUGCACACUCAUCUGCUGGCUGAAGUGUUUGCAGUGUCACUGCUGCGCAAUGUGCCAAUGGUGCAUCCACUGUACAAGCUCCUCAUACCUCACACCCGCGACACUCUUGAAAUCAACUUCUUUGCUCGACAUUUUCUUAUAUCUAAGACUGGAAUUUACCCAAAGAUUGCAGCUGCUGGUGUAGAGGGUAUGAUGACAAUCCUGAAGAGAUCACUGUCCUCAAUGACCUACAGCUCCCUCUGCAUACCAGACGACAUUGCUGAGCGUGGUGUGGAGGCUGUGCCGAACUUCUACUACAGGGAUGAUGGACUCAAGCUUUGGGAUAUCAUCCAAAGGUUUGUGCAGGGAGUGCUCAGCUACUACUACAGGAAUGACACUGAGGUCCAGACAGACUCCGAACUGCAGAAGUGGAUUUCGGACAUUUUUGAACAUGGAUUCCUUUCCCAAGCAGGCACAGGAAUUCCACAGAGCUUUACCACUGUGGCUGAUUUGAUCAAGUUUGUCACCAUGGUGAUCUUCACUUGCUCAGGACAGCACUCAGCUGUGAAUUCUGGACAGUAUGACUAUGGUGGCUGGAUGCCCAACACUCCCUCCACCAUGCAACUUCCUCCACCAACGACAAAGGGGACGACAAGCGAGGCCACGAUGCUGCAGACAUUGCCUAACAAGGGCACAACAGCUAAGACAAUGGCCAGCUUGUGGCUACUUAGCAAGGAGCCCUCUGACUUUGUCCCUCUUGGCCAAUACCCAGAGGACCAUUUCAGUGAAAGACUCCCCUGCGGGCUGAUAAAGAUUUUUAAAGGAGAGCUUGAAGUGUUAAGUGCACGCAUCAACAUCAGAAACAAGAAGCUGGAUGUCCCGUACAUAUACAUGGAUCCAACGAAGGUAGAAAACAGUGUGGCUCUCUGAACAUUAAGUGUGACCUCCUCAGCUGUUGGCCAAAUUCAGCUUCAUAUUACCAAAAGUGAGAACGGAAGAACAUGUUUCUGUUUUUAUCAGAUUUUUAUCUGACUACGGUGUAAGGAAACUACUGCAUGUGAUCGUAUGCUGAACUGGGAUUUUUAUACAACCUGUUUGGGUCAACUGAAAUC